AUCCAAAUCUUUCUUCAUCUGGAGAGGAACUUGAAGAAGAAAGUGACUACGUUAAUACAGCUGUGUGCACCGUGGACACAAUGUCAGCCACCUCAGAUAAGAAGUGUGGCUCCUUCACUCAGUCUUUUCUACCAGUAGCAGUGAGUUGGGUGAUACUGUUGGUAAUCUUGGCCCUUCAUAUCUACUUUACAUCUGUCAUCUCUGAAAACAACGACAAGCUGACUGCUGAAAACAUACAACUGGAAACCAACCUGACGGACCUUAACAAACUCAGAUCAGAAAAUGAAAGAUUGAGAAGAGACAACGAUAAUCAGACAGUCAUCUUUGGAAAUCUGACAAAGGAAUAUAAUGACUCAGAAAUGAAGAUCAAUAAAUUAACUGCAGAGAACCAGCAGCUGGAGACAGAGAAGAACAAAUUAACAGAACAAAUACAAAACAUAGAGAACACUGUCGUCCAGCAGAUCUUUGAUGCCUACAACACAACAAAAGAUGGAAUCAAACAGCGUGAACUUUGCCUGAAGGGCUGGCUGCACCACCAGUCCAGCUGUUAUGCAGUCCAUAACCCUGAUACUUAUACUGGUCAGAAAACCUGGGAGGAAGCUCGAGAGGACUGCAGAAGAUGGAAUUCAGACUUGGCUGUAAUAGUUAAUGAAGAUGAAAAGAAAUUCAUCAGUGAUAACAGUUGGGGAAGUUCAGGAGACAGAGGCUACUGGAUUGGACUGAGAGCUGAAGCAGAGAAAUGGAAGUGGAUCGAUGGAAGUGUUCUGGCUAAAAAAUCCUGGAUAACAGGACAUGCUUACAACGACCGCUGUGCAAUUUCUGUCCAUGACGAAGAAUGGAAAUCAGUGAGAUUAACAUCUGUCAUCUCUGGAAACAACACCAAGCUGACUGCAGAAAACCAGCAGCUGAAGACACAAAACCAGAAGCUGGAGACACAGAAGAACAACUUGACAAAACAAAUACAAAACAUAAAGGACAACUUUACUGUAGCCCAGCAGAUAAAGGACAUCUACUGCCCAAUGAAGGAUGCAAACAGACAGUGUAAACCUUGCCUAUACGGCUGGAUGCACAACAAGUACAGUUGUUAUGCAGUCAUUAACGCCGAUACUGAUGAUCAGAAAACCUGGGAGGAAGCUCAAGAGAACUGUAGAGAAAAGAAUUCAGAAUUGGCUGUAAUAGUUAAUGAAGAUGAAAAGACAUUCAUCAGUGGUAACAGUUGGGGAAGUUCAGGACUCACUGGCUACUGGAUUGGACUGAAAGUUUUAGCAGAGAAAUGGAAGUGGAUCAAUGGAAGUGAUCUGGCUGAAACAUCCUGGAUGACACAACCUGCUAACAACAGCUACUGUGCAAUUUCUGUCCAUAAAAAAGGAUUGAAAUCAGUGAGCUGCGGAAACAAAAACGGUUGGAUCUGCAAAAGGGCGGCUUUACCUUUCAGGAUUGAUAGAAACACAGAGAUGCUCCCUGCUGCUUCUAAAAAUCAAAAUGCUUCUUCAUCUGGAGAGCAACCUGAGAAAGAACACGACUAUGUCAAUGCCGCAGUAUGGACCAUGAACAAAAUAUCACCCACUUCAAAUAAGAAGUGUUGCUCCUUUAUUCAGCCUUUUCUACCAGUAGCAGUGAGUUGGGUAUUACUGUUGGUAAUCAUUGGCCUGCGUAUCCACUAUACCUCUGUCAUUUCUUCAAACAACGCCAAGCUGACUGUAGAACACGAAGAUCAGAUGGAGCAAAUUAAACAGCUGAAGACACGAUUGGAGCAACAGGAGAGACGAAACCAGCAGCUGAACACACAAAAACAGGAGCAGGAGAAACAGAACGACAACUUCAGAGAACAAAUACGAAAUGUGGAGAACGACGUUACUCUAUCCCAGCGGGUCAUUGAUGCCUACUGCCCAAAAAAAGAAAACGGACGUAGACAGUGUGAACCUUGCCAAAUCGACUGGCAGCACAACCUGUCCAGCUGUUAUGAAGUCAAUGACCCUGAUCCUCCUCGUAGGAGAAACUGGGAUAGAGCUCAAGAGGACUGCAGAGGAAAGAAUUCAGAUUUGGUUGUAAUAGUUAAUGAAGAUGAAAAGACAUUCAUCAAUGAUAUGAGUUCUGGGAGUUCUGGGAGUUCAGGAAACGAUGGCUACUGGAUUGGACUGAGAGCUAAUAAUGGGAAAUGGAAGUGGAUCGAUGGAAGUGAACCUGCUAACAAAUCCUGGAUAACAGAACCUCCUACCAAAGGCCGCUGUGUAAUUUCUGUCCAUAAUGAAGGAUGGAAAUCAGUGAACUGUGGUAUAGGAAAAAGAUGGUUGUGCAAAAAGCAGGUUUUAUCUGUUUAAACAGUGAGAAGCCACACAUAAGGUUACUGGAUAGUCUGUAAAUAUUAA